ACCCAGGUCCGAAAGAUGAGACCGCCAUGACAUGUACGUUGUAACUGGCAUUUUCGCUUGAAAUGCAUAAAUAAAGAGACCAACAGGGUCUAACACACAUGCAAACAACUGGAUUCUACUUACUUUUUAAUGUUCUUAUGCUCGAUAAAUGAAACUCGGUCUAAUGAGCCUGUAUUUCAAUAAAUAUUCUGCUACUAAACGAUGUUUUCCUCAGAAUUAUUAUGACCCGGAAGUGUUCGUCCGACAACAGGUGCGUGGUUCCCCGUUUUGCUUGAUGAUAGUGCGUGGUAAACGGAAGCCAGUAGAAUGUUUUCAUUUAUCAUUCGGCAUUCUCACUUAUUAUCAAUGUACCGUAUAUAACACGUUUUUUUCGCGGAAUACGUCAAAUUUAAUUAAAAUAUGGCAAAUCUCAACAAAAAUCAGUCGUCUGCAUUAGAUGCUGUUCUCUCAGGCCACAAUGUCUUAAUCACAGGUCCAGCAGGAACAGGAAAGUCCUUCCUCAUUAGCGAAAUAGUUAAAACAUGUGAAAAUCAGGGUAAAAUUGUAGCGUUGACAUGCACAACUGGCAUCGCCUGCUCUGUAUAUACGGAUAUGACACUAAAGGCAAACACAUUGCAUCGCUGGUCAGGGAUAGAAGAUGGUCGGUAUCCUCCGUCUGAAAUAAAAACAGUUAUUCUAAACAAUGUUAAAUAUGCCAAAGUGGUUAAUAACAUUAGAAAUACAGACAUUCUCAUCAUUGAUGAGGUUUCAAUGUUAAGUAAGAAGGUGUUUGGCAGCCUCAGUGAAGUUUGUUCUAUAAAAAAUGAAAAAAUUGUAUUUGGAGGUAUACAGCUGGUUCUUAGUGGUGAUUUUUACCAGCUUCCACCUGUACCCAAUACCAUGUAUAAUGAUGAAGGGAAGUACUGCAUUGAAAGUGAUUUAUUCUCAAAUGUGAUUUCACACAAAAUUAUGCUGAAUGAGGUUGUAAGACAGAAAAAUGAAACAUUUAUAAAAGUUCUAAAAGAAGUUUCUGCAGGUGCACUUUCCCAUGACUCAGUCCAAUUCAUUAAAUCCCUCAACAGGCCCCUUGUAAACAGUAAUCAGGAAAGCCUUAAAUUGUUUGCAACAAAUGAUAUUGUUGAUGAUUUUAACCGAGAUAAGUUAUUGAAAAUGGAAGGUCCAGUAUAUGAGUACAUGUCAGAGGACAAAAGUAAAAUAACAUGUUUAAAUCAUGUUCUAGCACCACAUAAGUUGUGGCUGAAAGUGGGUGCACCUGUAAUAUUACUAAGAAACUUAUCAAACAAGCUUGUAAAUGGCCUUAGAGGAGAUGUUAUCAGCAUUUCAGAAGAUGGACCAGUGGUGGAUUUUCAUUCAGUUGGAAUACAAGCUCCAAUGAAAAAAUUCAAUUCACAGCAUUUGUUCAGCCUUAGAGAUAAUAAAGACAUUGCUGUGAGGGAACAACUGCCAUUGAAGUUGGCUUUUGCCAUAACAAUUCACAAAGCACAGGGAAUGAUGCUUGACAUGGUUGAAGUGGAUUGCAGGGGUAUAUUCAAGUCUGGUCAGCUUGGAGUGGCUAUGAGCAGGGCUAGAGAUUUCUGUGGACAAAGAGUUGCAAAUUUCACCCAACGGGCAUGCAUGCCACAACCUGACAUUGUAAAGGAUUUUAUCAACCAACCAUCACAGACAUUUUCUGAGGAUCUAAGUUGUUGUCAAGAAACAUUAAGGAAAACAGAGGUGUUUGGGUUUAUCUCAGUAAGUGACAAACCAGUGAUCCCUUUUGAUACUGAUAUAGAUGCUCAGUUUGAGGACCAGUUUGACAGUGAAUUUGAACAACUUAUUAAUGAAAUAGAUGAAUUUAAUGCUGACA